AUGGCAUACAGAGUGCCUGUGGAGACCAGAGGUAAGUGGCCAACUUCUCAGCUCUCUUUGAAGCUUCAGGAGCCCUGUCUUACACAUCCUGAGAAAACCACCCCAGGUGCAGUACUUUGUGAAACGAAAAACAAGAGAAGCGACAGGAGAAGGGGUACGGCUCUCUCACUAAGCAAAGGGCCAAAUGCCGCUGGAACGGGAGCAGCGAGCGUGCGUUGGGUUCAGGGCUUCACAAACACGAACUUCAGCUUUAUCAACAAUCAAACUGUCUGCUACCCUUGUGGCAAUUACAUCCUCUUCCUGGACAUUGAAACAAAGAAGACGACAGUGCUGCAGUGUCAGACUGGCCAGGUGGGAGCCUUUGCAGCAAAUGGGAACAGUCAAGUGCUGGCCUUUUCAGACCGGAAGCUGAAUCCCAUCAUAUACAUCUACACUUUUCCAGAACUGAGUCAACUGACAGAAUUAAAAGGUAAUGCUCAGCUGGACUACACCUUACUUGCAUUUAGUUUCACAGGCCCAUAUCUAGCCAGUUACUCUUCAAUCCCAGAAUUUGCUCUUUCAGUAUGGAACUGGCAAGAAAAUAUUCUCCUGUGCAGUGAAUCUCAGCCAGGGGUAACAGUGACCUCUUUAAGUUUUAACCCUAUGAAUUGGCAACAACUGUGUUUUGUUAAUGAGAGCUCCGUUACUAUCUGGCAUAUUGAAAGGAAUAAUGAUGAGCAUCACCUUAAGCGACACCCUGUGAAACUCCCUGAUGGACAAGGGUCUGCGAGUCCUCAUACGGAUUUGUUUUUCCCAGUUUCUCAUAGUGAAGAUCCAUACCAUGGCCCUGAUUUGCCAGUUUCAGCCAUUGCUGGACUGGUAGGAGAUGAAGCAGAAACAUUCAUGCCUAGAAAUUAUAUUAAGCCUUCAGUGCAUCCUACUGCCCACUGCUGGUCUGCAACCUCAGAAAUUUACAUGAGCUGUAAAGAAGGAUAUGUUUUGGCAAUUGAUGCUGAGACUCACGGUGUUUCUGUUCUUCAACAAAAACCUCCACCUGAAUACAUCCGUAAAAUAUCGGACGUGGUGUCAUAUGUUCGUAGAGAAGUACAGAAAAAGAAAGGUGGCAUACCAAAGGAUCUGCAAAAACCAGAUUUAUUUGCCAUGGCAUUUUGUAAAGAGGGACUGUACGCAGCUGGAAGUGGGACAGUCUAUACUUACAAACCUGCCCACAGUGGAGAAGCUGUCAAACUCUUGGAUGCAAGCAGAAGUUGUUUUCUGGCAGCUGAUUUUCUUACUCCAGGGAACAAGUACUGUGUGUCUGUAACAAUUUCAGGUGAAGUACAAGUUUGGUUGCUGGAAGAUGGAACUUGCUUCAGCAAGCUAAACCUUGAUACUGAGGCUUCUGCUAUGGCUUGCUGUCCCUCCUCCAACAGUGUUGCUGUAGGGACCAAAACAGGUCAAAUCUAUUUCCUUGAUGUUACUGAAGUUGAAGCUCCACGGGUUGUUCACAGAAUUUUUCUUUCCAAAUUUCCAGUGCUGUCUUUGCAUUAUGAUCAGAGUGGCCAGUUCCUCAUCGCUAGAGCUACAGAAGGACAUAUCUUUAUUCUAGAUGCCCGGCCUUCAAAAUUAUUCCAAGUUCUUGGAUAUGUAGUGAUGGCAGAUGAAGUGCUGGAUCUUUCUGUAGUUUCUGACUUCAAGAAUGACUUAGUUGAAGUAGUCAUACUUCUUAAUGUAGCAGAGGUCCAGCGAGCAAGACUGGAAAUUUUUUGUCUGUCUUCAGCACUCACAACAGAUAAUGAUAAGUAUGUUAAUGAACAAGGAAUGCUUAAUGCUAAUGCCAUUAAAAAGGAGCAAUAUGAUCUGGAUUACCCUUUGAGCUCAGCAGUCAGAUUGAAGGAUAACAUUGUGUAUGGCUACUGUACCUGUGCACCUUUCAUCUGCAAAUACCAUCUCUCUGAAGAGAAUAUGUUGGAAGAUCCAUCAGUAUUUUUAUCAGGAAAGAGGACUCCUAGCAAUCAGUUUGGAUCAGGUUUCCUCUGUUUAUCACCCAACAGCCGGUGGCUGGCGUCAGCAGCAAAGGAUGGUGUUUUGUUCAUCUAUCAUACUUUUACUAUGGAUAUACUUGCUCGAAAGCAUUGUCACUCAUAUCAAGGAGGGGGAAUCAGAUCCAUGGUAUUUUCGCUGGAUGGCAAAUUCAUCCUCGUUACUGGUGAAAAUGAUGGUGCCUUGGUGUGUCUGAAAUGGAAGAAGAUAAAGAAAAUUGAAGUUAAGGAAGCUGCUUUUCACUGGCAAUCUCUUCUUGCUAUACUGAACAACUCUACUUCAAAAGAAAAUGUUGUUUUAAAAUCUAUGGCAGAAUGGCAGUUUGACCCAGAAUCCACAUCGGAAUCACUUCCAGAAGAGACAUUUAAGGAGGCACCACUUAAAUCUUCCAAUGUAGAGGUGACAGAAGAAGACGGAAACGUCACCAGUUUGUAUUCAGCCAGUACCAAUGACAUGACAUGGAUAGGUCAGAAAAUAAAGAAGGUCAUUAGAGAAGAGACUCAGAGGUUUGCUAACCAGAAGAAAGAGCUGCAAAUGGGAAUUAAAAAGCUGCGUAAAACUAUUCAGAAAAUGAUGCAUGAAAAUGAACAGGUGCCAGACAUUGAGAAACUGGACCAGCAGGAGUUCAACCUGGAUAUAGAAGAACAGGUAAGAGUGCAAGCAGAGGCUGAACAAGAAGUGGCCAGGGUGAGGAAGGAGAUUGAGAUGGAGAAUUUAGCCAACUGCUAUUUGCAGGAUGUCAUCAAACAUGAGUGCUGGGAUGCUAUGUGUGUAAAAGGACGUGCAGUUAAGUGCUUCCAUAUGGCUUGUGAAGUGAAGAAUUAUCCACUGAAGGAACGUAGUGAAAAAGAGCUGGCAACUUUGGAGAAAGUUCUCCGGUUAAAGAAGAUUGAGACAGCUGAUCUUAAGGUUCAGAAGAAAAAUCUUGAGAUUGAGUCUGAGACUGUAUUACCUAAGGAAGAAGGAGAGAAGACAGAAGAUGUAAUGGUUGAUGGUAGUGCAUCUUACUGCCUUAUUGGAAGUCUGAGCUCUCAGUAUGGUGGAGACACAUCUACCCUAUACCACCAAUGGGACUUGCACACCAGGGAGCAGAAAGUCAAUCAGAUAGUCUUAUUGAAGGACAUCAUUUACAAAGUGAAAACUGCUUUUAAUAAGGAAUUUGAUGUAGUUGCACGACAAAAGGAGCAGGAGAUAGCACGAGUGAAAGAAAGAAACCUGAGGAUCCGAGAAAUCUUGGCACAACUUGACCUCCAAGUGGAAGUGUGGGAGCCCGCUCUUACAGAUGACGAGAUACCAGAACGAGCGCUCACUGUUCAGGAUUCAGAGAUUAAAGUUGAAAAAUACUUGUCUCAACAAGAGAGAGAGAAAGCAGAAAUGCUGGCUAAGCUUGAAAUGGAAAGACGCCAUGCUGCUAUGGUACUUAAAGACAAUGAAAGACUGCGUGCUCUUAAUGACAUGAUGGGUGGAGUGCUAGAAGUCAAAAAGGAAGACAUCUUGAAAAUGGAUAUUCCUCCACCUCCUUUUAUAUCCGAGCCUGAGCAUGUUUGGAAUGAUGAAGAAAAGAAAAUAUUUAGAGAACAUGAGAAAAAAGUCAAGGAGCUGAAUGAAGAAAAAGAAAAGUAUAGAAGGGCACUGGAAAAUGAAUUGAAGAAACUUGAAACUUCCAUCCAGGAAACAACACAAAAUUUUGAUGAAACUGUGUGCAAACUCUCUGAAAGGAAAGUGAAAUUAGAGAUGGUCAUCUAUCAGGAAGAACUCAAAAUAGUCAAUCUUGUUUAUGCUUUACUGUUGAAUGAAGAGUUGGACACUAGAGAAGCUGGACUUCGUAAUUUCCUUAUGAAAAAGGAGAAAGAAAAAGUCAAGACUGCAAGAACAAUCCAGACUACAAAAAAUAAAAUUGAAGCUUACAUAGAUACCUGUGAAAAUGCAAUAGCUGAAGAGAAGAAUCUGGAAUGUGGUUUUACAAAGCAGUUUGCUGCAGUACCUGCCAAUCUCCUUGAUGAACUUUUCCAACUUUACAAACAUCGACCGAAGACCCCAAUGACAAAAAUGCUCCUUGACGCUGCUAACCCGUAUGGGGAGCGUUCAGGCUCAGCUGAAGAUUACAAAGAUGCACUUACCCUUUUAAUGAAAGCCAUGGAUGAACUGGAUAGUCCUGAGCACAUGCCUAAUGGCUUAGACCCAUCUGUAUGGGAACGUUUUUGUCUAGCUAGACGAAAUAAAAUGGAGAGUGAGGAGCUGGUGAAAUGGAACGCCCUAACACUGGCAGAGAUGCAGGCCUUUCUCCAGAGAAGAAUGGAUGACAAUGAGAAGAUUAAGUCAGAAAUAGAAGAUAUUUUCCAAGAACUCACUUGGUUGCAGGAGGAGAAGAUGAAACUUCAAUUGAAUUUGACUGUCCAGUUUUUGCUAAAACAAGGACAAGUGGAAUUGGAAAGUACUGAAAUCCCAGACUACACUGAUGCCAUUCUCAUUAAUAAGAGUAUUAUUGAAGAACUGAAUUGCUCUAUCAUGGCUCAAGGAGAAAAAAAAAUUGCUAGCAUGGUGGAAUGUAAAGAAUUCUCUAAAGGGAUAUUUCAGCUGGAAUGGGAACACAAGAAAAUGAGAAUGCAGAUAGAAGAUCUGGAACAGAAGGCUCGGGACAUUGUAACACUACCUAUUUCAAAAGAUCGCCAGCUAUUCCUAACUGUGCUGAACUAUGACAGCCACAUCGCCCACCACAUUUCAGCGAUGGAGCAGACUCUUGGCAUCAUGGAUAAGCUGCACAAGAAGAAUGUGAAGAACCGUCAGAAAAGAAUUAAAGAGUUGGAGAAGUGCAUCAGUUUAAAAGAGCAAGAAAACUACGAGCUCAGCCUGGAGCUGAAAGAAAUGCUUGUCUCUGUUUCAGAAAGGAGGCAUAUCUUUGAGGCAGCCGACACACAGCACGUUUCCAAAAAGAUUGCAAAGCAGCGUUACCGAGAGAUUUUGAAGCAGAAACACCUACGGGGUCUUGUAAAGGAACAGGAAGAACACUUUGAAAUUCUUCAGGCAGAAGUUGAAAGGCUGAGAUCAAGAACAUUCCCUGUUCUUUAA